AAUGUGAGAGCAGAGCUACAAAAAUGCCUUUUCUAUCGAAAGGUGGGACGAGUUGGGGCAGGUUUUGUGGGCAGGGGAGGAUACGGUAGCCACACAAUCGUUACCGACAUGGUGUUUUAUUAGAAAUUCGUUUAAAAAUGACAGUCUGCAGAGGGGACCGCAGCUGCUGCGGCAGCCGCCCCCCUGCGGGCUCCAGAGACCGCUCGGUCAGUACCUCCUGUGUGUGCAGGUCCGGUUCUGUUCCCUCCACCCACGAUCCAGGGAAAAGCUGCCCUUUAAUCCCGUUUUUCCCGUAGAAAAGACCAGUAAAAAGUGUUAUAUCCGCUUCGGAACCGCUUUCAGUCCCAGCCGUGUGGGGAGCGAACAAACGCGGAGGGACGGAACCGGGUGCGUGUGCUCUGCCAAAUGCUUCCGGCGGGACACUGUCCCCGGGAGGCGCGGGGUGGCCGCUCCCGCUCCGCGAGAAGCCGCGAUGGCGGCGGUGGCCGCGGUGGCGGGCGAUGGCCGCGAUGGCGGCGGUGGCCGCGGUGGCCCCGCGCGGGUGAGGUUUUAUCCCCCAGAAACCCCCGAGGUCAGUUCGCAGCUCCGCCCGGAACGCGUGAGCUCUGCAGACGGCAGGAGCCGGCGCACAUUUCGCGCAGCACAGCUCCCCCCGCGGCUGAGGGCUCCAGUGUCGGUCCCUUCACCGGCGGCGCCUCCCCGCGGAGCUCCGCGGGCUCCGGGCCGGAGCCACAAGCCCUUUAUGCCUCUUUAUUUCUGUGUUUUCGGUGUUUCCUCCCCUUUUGCUACACGCGGCCUUUACAGGGUUUUUGUGUUGUUUUCCCCCCGCGGGUGUUGGGGCAGGCGGGGGUGCAGCAGCCCCGUGAGGGCUGUGCCGGCUCCGCACCGCUCCCGCUGCCGCCGCUGCCCGGGCACUGCGGAGUUACGGGUCCAACCCCUUCGUGCGAGCACGACACGGCGCCCUUCGUUGUUCAACAGGGAGUGACAAGGCGGCACCAGAGCUCACAAGCUCCGAGGGAGGAAACCUCAGGAAAAGGUGUUCAAAAUGCAACAAGUUUUGCAAGGAGCUGGGCCCUGGGGAUCUCGGGGUUCCCCGGGAGCCGGGAUAGAGCGGGGAACCAGCCCCCUGCUCAGCAGGAGCAGCUGAGAGCAGCCAGGACAAUCAUUUUGAUUGCCAGUGCCGCAUCCCUACGCGACCACAGCGCAGGCGCAGGCUCUGCUCCCGCUCUCCUUUCCGAAGGGAUCCACCUCGACACCGGGAUUUCAAGGGGAAGAAGUUCAAAGAGGAAAAAUGCCGAGGGUCCCGCCCCAGGCUGCAUCAUCCCCCCAGAGCCUCCAGGCGUGCCCGAGACGGAAAGAACUACGCUUUCCACACGCAGCCAGGCUCAGGAAAGGAGCGAGCGGUGCCUGCAGGUGAGCGGCCGGAGGGGAGAGGGCGCUGCGCAGCGCUCACCUGGGCCGGGUGGGACCCGCGGGGGGACUGUGUCCUUUUGGCACUGAUACGGGGGACCCGGCUGCUGUGGGGGGCCAGUUUGUCCCGGGACUUGAGGCUCUCUGGGGCCGUAUUUCAUGGAACAAAGCUCGUGCCGCGUUCCCAGCUGCGAGGACAUUUUCUGGCAUGGGCUGGGCUCCGUUUUGCGGGAAGCACCGGGCUGGGUGUCCCUGUGCCCACCCCCACGGGGCGCAGAGAGAAGCUGCUCCUGUGGCUUCGGCCGAGGGACAGUGGGAAGAACGGAGCAGUCCUGAUGGAAAUCGAUGGAAAAACAAGUUUUGUUUGGUUUUGGGCUUGGCGUUUUCCCCCGACCCCACCUGAUCUGUGUUUUCUGCCUCGGGAAACAGGAAGAGGAGACAGAAGGGGGAAUGGGGACAAAGACAAUUCGUUCCCCCAAAAGGGACGAGUUUCUUUCUAUUUCUUUCCUGACCCACCCGGAAUGGUUUGGGUCUCAGGAGGCACCUGGGAGGCUCCUUUUGUGUCCCGGGUGGAGCCGUGCCUGUAAAAGGGCACAGCGUGGAGCGGGGCUGGGAGAGGAGCCGUGCUGGGGACCGGUGAUGCCGCGGGGGUUUGCCUGUGGAAGCGGCCAUCAGUUUCCUGAUGGGAGUGCUGGGAAGAGAACCGAGAGUCGGUGAGAAAUGAGGAAACACCGCAGCUGGAGUGCCGGGAAUGGAGAGUGUGCAGUGUGUGUUGUCUGGGCAGUCUCACCCCGGCUCUUGGGGGCUGUGUGAAGAUUCCUCCCUGGAACAAGGUCACCCCCUGAGGAUGAGCCACAGAGAUUCGCUUGUUGGAGCAGGUCAGCAGGAACAAGAGGAAAUGUGGUGCCAGCAGUGUGUCCCAUCAGGCUGUGUUUCCCUCGAAGGACAGAGAGUCUCUGAACUGAGUGAGCCGGGGCUGGCACACGGACUCAUGCAGGUACUGAUCUGGCACCGGAGCUGUUGCCCUUUGGAGCCAUCUUGAAGGUGUGAUCGUAGAAGAUUUUGGAGGCUGUUUGGGAAUUCCAUUUGGAGCUGCAUCUCGCUGCAAGCGCAUCGGUCCAGGCUGUCCUUGCCCUGGUGCCUGCAGUGCCCAGUGCCUGAGACCGAGAGAGCCUUGUCCAAAGGGGCCUUUGGCACCUUGUCAGGAAUGUGGCAGCAGCCCCAUGCGGGAGCAGCUUGGAGUGAGAAGAACAUGAACUCACAGCCGUUCAGGCCUGACAGUCCCCUGCAGCGAGAGCUCAGCACACAUCCACAGAGGCAAGUCCAGCAUCUGAAAGAAAAACAAACCACAAACAGGAGAAAAAG